UUUAUAUUUCGUUCGCGUCUCCAUUUUGUUUUGUGUGUUUGGAAUUGGCGGAGUGAUACCAUAAAGUUGCUUUGGUUGCCUUAUCAGUAGAGAAACAAUGGAAAACGAAACAAAACAGGAAGCAAAUAACGUUAAAGUGGAAGCUUCUAACAACGAUGCGGUAAUCGUUCAAGAAAAGCCGAACUUCAAUCGCGGAGGUCGCGGAGGCAAUCACAAUCACGGCGGCGACAGAUUCGGCAGAGGCGGCCGGUUUGGCGGUCCCAGAGGAGGCGGUGGCCAAGGCGGCGGGGGUCAUAGAGACGGAAGGAAUUUCGAUAAUAGGAGAGGACGCGGAGGUUUCGCCGGGAAUCAUGGUGGACGUAAACCUGAUGAUGAUCAUGAUAAUCAUGAUAAUAAUCAACAAGACGGCUACCAAGGUCGCGGUAGAGACAACCAAAACAACAGAGGCCCGAGGCUCAUGCGAGGCCCCGACGAAAAGUUUUUGGAUAAAAUGCAACAAAUAUCCGGCUCGACUUUCGACCUCCCUCCGAUCGAUUUGUUGGAGAAAAAAUUCAACGGUAGAAAUCGAUUGUACAUUGGUAACAUCGGUUCUGAGGUAACCGAAGACGAGCUAGUGGAUUUGUUUAAAUCUUUCGGCGAAACAGCGGAGGUCUUCGUUAACAAAGACAAAAAUUUCGGCUUCAUUAAAUUAGAUUACCACAGUAACGCCGAACGGGCGAAAAGGGAACUCGAUGGCACCGUGUUGAAAUCCAGGAACUUGAAGAUUCGCUUUGCUCCGAACUCAGCCACUAUCAAAGUGAAAAACCUCACUAGCCAAGUCACAAACGAAUUACUGCAUUAUGCAUUCUCUGUUUUUGGAGAGAUUGAACGGGCCACUGUUUGUGUAGACGAACGAGGAAAGCCCACCGGCGAAGCAGUGAUCGAUUUUUCCAGAAAAGGUUCGGCUUUACACGCAAUUAGAAAAUGCUCGGAUGGCUGUUUCUUCCUCACCGGCUCGUUGAGACCUUGCGUUGUGGAAGCUUUCGAAUUAGUAGACGACAACGAUGGCUACCCAGAGAAGAUAAUCAACAAGAAAAACCCGGAGUAUCAAAAAGAGAGAGAAGUGGGCCCGAGGUUCGCAGUACCCGGCUCGUUUGAGAGCGAAUAUGGCAUGCGAUGGAAACAAUUGUACGAUCUCCACAAUCAGAAAGAGGAAGCUUUGAAGAAGGAACUCGAAUUGGAGAAGGAGAAACUCGAAGCCCAAAUGGAAUACGCACGGUACGAACACGAGACUGAAAUGCUAAGAGAACAACUCAGAUCUAGGGAAUUGGACAAAGAGAGACAGAAGCGCGAAUGGGAAAUGAAACAAAGGCAAGUAGAAGAGGAAAGGCUACGGACUGAAGAACAAAUGAGGAGAACACAAGAAGAUAUGGAAUCCAGGAUUAUCGCGCAACAGGAAGAAUUGAGAAGAAGGCAGCAGGAAAACAAACUUUUUAUGCAGGCUCAUAAUUUAGACUCCAUGCUUGACCAGCAGGAACAAGCUUAUGACGCACCCAAUAAUUAUAAUCAAGGUGGAUUGCAAGAAGAUGGCGGCAACAUGAUGGAUCCGAAAGCAUUCAUGAGCUCAUAUGAGCGGCACAGCAACAACAGGUUCGACCGUGACAAUGCUCGUAAUACUGGAAAUAUGGGAAAUAGAGGACACUGGGUCAACGAUAGUCGACGUGACGAUUUCCCUAAUAAAAGACGGCGAUUCUAAAGCUUUUCGAAAAAUCAGCAAUUGCCCUCCUCCACACGAAACAUACACCUUCGUUUGGUUGAAAUCUUUUUAGACUAGUGUUGUGAAACCAGAUACUCUGAAAACUUGGUGGACUUUUCGGGUGGGAGGCCGAAAAAUUACGGUCUAGAUUUUCCAAUAUGAAUUUUAUUAAACCGUCGCGGUCGUUUUACUCGCAUUGAUAACGUAUUCUAACGUAGACUAUACUCUUAUUAAGCACCGGGAUGGAUACUGACAUAUCGGCAUCGCUCACUGGACAUCAGAAAUAAGUACAAAACGAGGAAAUUUUGAGAAAAUAUAGAUCAUAAUUUUUUUCCAUUUUCACCCGGCUCGCUUGGCAACGCUUCACAACGUUGAUAAAAGGCGGCAACUAUGAGUUUAAAUUAAAUUCCAUUGUGGUAAAUCUGAUUAUUGCAUAUACAUAGUUAAGUUGUUCACUUGGAAUUCGUAAAAUUAUAAAAUAAGUAUUUAGGAACUCUCUGGAUUUUUUUUAAUUAAUGUAAAUGUUUACUUGUGUUUAUCAAAAAAAAAAUAGCUUAUAGGAAUUGUCUCUCAUUAUAUUUAUCUGAUUAAAAUACAGACUAAGCAAGCCAAACAGAAG